AUGCCGUUCCUACAGCCUAGCUGGCCGAUCGAAGACCACAGGUACCAGAGGAGCCAUGCAUUUGAAACGCACGGCGGCGUAGUUAUGGUCAGCGUAUCUACCUCACCAUUGAACUGGACCACUGGUCAACAGCGGCAAAAAUCACUCAUUGCUACCACCGCAGGCAGGCGUCGUUUGACGGUGCCUGGUGUGUCGCUUAAAUUCGGCACUGUCGACGGAGGAGGUUCGUUUCGUUUCGUUUCGUUUUCGGUAGUGGUGGUUGUGGCUGUGAAAACCAGUUGCGACAUCAUGUUGUCGUCGUCGUCCACGUCGUCGUCGUCGUCCACGUCGACGUCGACGGCGGUACUAUUUAGUCCCUUGCCGCAAACACUCGCAUUCACGCGUUACUCCUGCCCGGUCGUCGUCGUCGUCGUCGUCGGCGUGUUCUCGUCGUGUCGCUGGUCGCUCCUCCUCGACUCGGUCCGUCCGUCAAAGCCUCAAAGCGCCAAGCGUCGGUGUCACCGACCCUCAGGUCACCUCACCUCGGUCAUCGGAGUUUUCGGCUCGGCUUCCUUGACUAUGUGCCCAGCAGCGGCUUGUCCACUGCUGUUCGCCUACGGUCUGGUCACGCUGCUGGUCAUCGACUGCCUGGCCGUCGUCGCCAGCGCCUCAAAAACCAAGCAGGUGAUCACUCACAAGUUCAAGUGCCGCACAGACGGAUGUUGCGACCAACACCAGUACUGCUCUUUUUGGAAGUUCAUCGGCGAGUGCGAAACGAACAGCAAAUGGAUGAAGGACAACUGCCGCAUAUCGUGCAUGACCUGUCCAGGCGAUGCUCGUCGUAAGCAAUCGCUAUGUUACAUUAUUACCUUGUCUUGUGAUGUUGGUGUACUUCGACGAAAAGCAUUGCGUCCGCACGUAGGCCAGAACCAUUUGGCUGCUUUUCUUCUUCCAUACUUACACGGUGUCUGAAC